ACGACUCGUGUUCCAUACUGCACUUGGUCGCGUACCCUUUGCCGCACGCCUUGUCUGCGAAUAAAAAAAAAAAGAAAUUCCAAAUUUAAAUUAUCUUGUGUUCUUAAAUUUUACUUGUGCUGUGUGAAAAUGGUUCGCAAAAUCAGUGCGCUUCUGUGUUGUCUAUGCGUUUUUGGUAUUUCGCUGAGCGACAGUGCCAUUUCCACUGAAACUGAAAAGAGAUGCAGAAACCCACCCACAGCUCCACAGAAGAUCGAGAGGGUCAUUACACUCUGUCAAGAUGAAAUUAAAUUGUCCAUUCUUAGAGAGGCCCUGGACGUGAUCAAAGAGGAGCACACGAUGCCGGCGCAGCGGAGGAGGAACAAGCGAGAGGUGCCCUUCACGCACGACGAGAAGAGGAUAGCUGGAUGCUUGCUGCAGUGCGUGUACAGAAAAGUCAAAGCUGUGGACGGUUUUGGGUUCCCAACGUUAGAAGGUCUGGUUGGACUGUACUCGGACGGGGUCAACGAACGCGGGUACUUCAUGGCCGUUCUGGAAGCUUCCAGGGAGUGCCUCAUGAGGAACCACGACAAAUUCUCUAGGACUACACCCAUGGAUAAUGGACGCAACUGCGACAUAUCGUUCGACAUCUUCGAGUGCAUCUCGGACCGCAUCGGCGAGUACUGCGGCGGCGCCGGGCUCUGACUACAUUCUGUACUUUGUGUUUCUUCUUUUUUACUGCAAGGAAAAACCAGCGAUACUACUCGUUGAUAGUGUAGGUACCUAUAGCCAUCAUUGUGGCUCUUCCAUAAUAUCUUCCAUAAAUUUUACAUUGCGUUCGUUCGUAUGUGUUUUUUUAACCAGCAAUGUACGUUGAUUCAAAGGCAAAGUUUGGCGAAAUGUUUGCCGAUAGUGUGGAAUCAGCGUUAGGUUAUAAGGGAAUGUGAGGUCGUUGGUUGUGGAUUUGUAAAUGGGCACAAAUGUACUUAGUUCGAUUGUUUUUUUAGAAAUAUUUUCUUGUUAAUUUUAUAGGUGUACUCAUCGACUUGCGUCAAUCGACCAAUAAACUUGUCUCAUAGCUUUUAAACCGACUAUUAACAUAAAAAAAAAGCUAAAAAAGCUAAAUUGUUAAUUUAUAUUUUUCCAAUUUGUAACAAUCGUAAAUGAAACGAAAAUCUCGAAAAUAAGUAAUAAUCGCACUAAUUAAGCACAUUUUGUAUGGAGUGCUAAAAUUGCUCGUAUCGUCGUUUAAUAGUUUAAAUAGAAUUUGUACCUAUUCAUAUUCUAUCAAUAAAUCAAGUUAUAUAAUUUGUUUUUGUAUGUUCACGAAUUCUUCUGAAAUCAUUCAGUUUAUUUUUCAACUUAUUUUAUAAUACCCCUAUGAUAAGUUACCAACCAAUAACUAUAAUUUUAAAGGUCUGUGCACACCGAACUCCUGUGGCAUUAUGCGUUACAAUUUCCUGCCAAAGAGCGCACGUGUGCCCCGGCCUUUUGACGAAUUCUAUGUAAGAAAUUGUAAAUACCUAUUAACAUAAUAUGUGAUGCUCAGUAAUUGUUAACAAUUAAUACCAUUAUAUGAUAAUUUGUAGAUAUUACAGACGUGUUACCAAAAUUGGUUGUUAUUAAUCGAUUUCCACGAUUUUCCAAAAAAUAUCAAUCGUUUUAAUUUGUUUAAUUAUUUUGGUGGUUUUGUAUUUUAUUAGUAUUCUCUUAAUGUUAAGAUCGGUGUAAUUAAAAAGAGCUAAAUAUAUGCGUAAAUUCCUAUUGAUAUGUGAUUAAAAAUAAAAUUAUUUUUUUUCAAAAAUGUCAACACUCUACUGUAAAUGACAAACUAUACUGCCACUACUUAUUAAAGUCUUAAAUUAGUGAAAUCUUAACGAACUGAUAGAUUAAUAUGUAGUUUUAAGUAGAUUAAUAAAUGUAUAAAUACCUUACAA